ACUCCUUGACGUCACUGCAUCAACUGACCAAUGGUCACGGUGCUGAAGAUCCACAAUCAGGUAAGAAGAUCGUGUCGAAUGUGAAUGUGAUAUACCGAAACAGUGCUCCGGGCAACCUCAGUUCGUUCUGUCCAGCCUCUUCUCUUGCACAAUCCGACCACUGGAACUUACUACUCCAGACCUCAUCACCUAUAAGUGAGAGCAGGAUGGCCAAUGGCACCAAUACAGGUACUCACCUGAUAUUUGUUCAGUCAUGAGUGAUCUCGGGGGAGGGAAAAAUGGUCGGAGCAUCUCUUGGACAAAUUGGACAUUAAAGCUGAACUAUAUUGUUUUGUUCAAUUGGCGUUUGAGUGCGAACUUAAGCGCGGCACUUAGCGCUGGUGCAUCAAAAAAAAUCUAAUAAUUGCUUGAAUUAACAGAAAACUGUUUAAAUUUCGUCCGGCAUUAAAAAGACAAUUUAUGUCUUUUUAUUGGUGAUGUGUAUUUAACAAAAGUGUUGGCUUUUUUUUGUGUGGUUUCCUUUGAGGAAAAAUCUCUUGUGCUAAGCACUGUGGACAGUGUCAAUUGUGGGAGUUUUUGUCUUCAUAUUGUGUAAAUUGUUACAGUUUCGCCAAGUUAGUGUUGGGUUGGCUAUUUUUCUUAAUCUAGGAAAAGUAAUUUGCGUGUCUAUUAAAGAGGAAACUUUUCUGGAGACUGCGAUAAUUUUGGCACACGCGGAGUUCUCAAUGGUCUGCGAUAAAUAGUGGUGAUGAUUGUGGGAAAAUAGGUGGUUUUUUCACACGACACCCGCGCUUUUUGUGUAAUAUUUAUAAAAGAAAAUAUUUGACAAACUUGUACUAAUUAAUUACUGUGUGCUUAAAUACAUUUUGUGUUGCUUCAUGUUGCCAUUACCACUUCGGACACAUUAACAGUUUUGCUAAUCAAGUCCUAAUCGUCUUUAUUAUGUGAUUUAUAAACAUUGGCCAUAUAGCAAAUCCUCCUGUGUGGUAUUUGUGUGAUCAAUCAACAUUCCAGCUGGUGCACGAAGGGAUAUCCCACUGAGCUUUUUUUUCUCAACCUAAUCUCCUUCACCAGAGAGGAAAAAGCCCCAGAAAUUGACACCACAUCGAACAGCCCUCCAAGAGCUAUAAAAGAAUCAGAGAAUCUGAGUUCUUUUUGCCAUCAUCCUUCAGCUCAAGUGAGCGCGGAGCAGGAGUUAUGGCCACAUCGCACAUUUUGUCUGCGAUUGAACCCCUCAAUGGUGCAAACGCAGGGGCUACUUCCAGUACUUCUGGAUCACAUAACAAUCGCAGUCCGGACAUUGAGCGCAAUUUGAACGUGACUCUGGAUGACCGAGAAUUGUGGCUGCGAUUCCAGAAUCUCACCAACGAGAUGAUUGUCACGAAGAAUGGGAGACGUAUGUUUCCUGUGGUUAAGGUAACUGCAACUGGACUCGAUCCGGCCUUUAUGUACACCAUCCUCCUAGAAUUCGUGCAGAUCGACAAUCACCGCUGGAAGUAUGUGAAUGGGGAAUGGGUACCCGGCGGUAAGGCAGAAGCACCUCCUUCCAAUCCCAUCUACGUCCAUCCUGAAUCACCUAAUUUUGGGGCACAUUGGAUGAAGGAGCCAAUUUCAUUUGCAAAAGUCAAACUCACCAAUAAAACCAACGGUUCUGGACAGAACCCAUUGCAGAUCAUGCUGAACUCCUUGCACAAGUACGAGCCACGAGUGCACCUAGUUCGCGUAGGGUCGGAACAGCGUCGUGUGGUAACCUAUCCCUUCCCCGAGACACAAUUUAUCGCAGUGACGGCGUAUCAGAAUGAAGAAGUAACAUCACUCAAGAUCAAAUACAAUCCUUUUGCCAAGGCCUUUCUGGAUGCUAAAGAGCGUCCGGAUGUAGUAUAUUCACGGGAAAAUACCACCUAUGGCUGGUUCCUACCACAUGGAUCCUACUCAAGUGCUCAGGCUCCAAUUGCCCCGUGCGAGAGAUACGCCGGUAGAAGUAGUCGGAAUGCACCGUACACAACUCAGAGACCUAGAUCUAUAACUAAUAGCACAUCAUCGCCCCCUCCACCGCCACCACCAGUUUCAGCUGAAGCAAACACUCCGUCGGUCUUUUCAAGUUAUCCGGCAAGCUGGCCAUCAACAAGUACGCCUUCGUAUUGGAAUCCAGGGAAUCCUAGCAGUCCAAUUGCCGUUGCAGUUCCUCAGGCUACAUCACCCACGCCAUCGGGUGGUUCGCCGGGCUAUGUAUCGUCUCCUGGCAGCUACACCACCCACCACCUCACGCCUCACAAUCAAUAUAUCAGUGCGACACCCGCGGAUGGCUACCAACCGGCCGGUGGAUCUCCCACGCCCCUUUAUACGUCCUCAUACCAAGUCUACCACCCGACGCCCGCCGUGUCGCCCUCUCAUCAACUCUAUGGGAACGUUCUCAAUGCGCCCACUAUCACUAACCUCGGGUACUCCUCCACCUGGCACAGCGGUACUGACUACGGAGUCUUUCAGAAUUCCUACCAUUAUCAAGCACCCGAAUAUGUACCCCUAAUUGGAGAACUAGAAACAUACCCACCACCACCCAGUGAAGCUACCCCAGAAACGCCCAAGGAGGAGACACCCAUUUACGGUGGUGGAAACCAUCAUGCAACUGCAGAAUCUGUCUUGCAGCUCAAAUGCGAAAACCACUCACCCGAAAGCGGAAAGACCGAUUUAGCCUCAGCCACCUCCACCACUGGCAAUCGGGUUCCAACAUCCAGCAGUAACUGGACCCCCCUAACACCCCCACAGUCCCACAUAUGAGACUGUCGUCAUAAGCUCAUUAUAGCACACAAUUCUCGAAUAGAAGUGUCUCCUGCACACAAUUCUGGCCACAGGGCGCUGAGGAAGCACAAGUCCAGAAAUCUUCCAACAUUUGAACAAAGUGGGAGGUGGGAGGACAUGAAAAGCAAGGAGAGACCAAGAAACUUGUACCAAUAUUGCAUAUUUGUUUCAUGAAAUUAUUAUUGAGGAAAUGAUAUUUAGUAAAUGAAAGUCAUAUAUGUAUUA